AUGUCUUGGGGGUGCCACAUGAAUCCAGCAGGAUCAGUGUGCAAGGGCAAGAUUUUAGACAAGAGCAAAGCCACAAUGCCCGGCGAGAAGCCCACGGUACAGCUCACUUUCAGCAAUCCAGCCACCACCACCCAAGUCACCCCCUUGCAAGCAGACCAUCUGCUACGUUACCUGGCAGACCUUCGGGAAGUGAGGCAUGCCGCGCAGGAGCAGGACCCGCGUUCGAUGGAGCUGAACUUGGGCUUGGCAUCUCUGACGACAGCAACAGUCCAAACAAAGAGAUCUAAACACUUUGUCAUCAAGACAAACAGCCACCCAUCCCAUCUGCUCCUCGAGCAGAUCUCCGCCACUCUCCAUAUCCUCUUGGUCCUCAACGUGGUCGCAGCGGCGCUCUUUGCAGCACCUCUUUUACACGCGGCGGAUUUCUCCUUUGCGGCUCUUCUUGUGGCGUUGCUCCUUCUCGCUGCUCUUCUUGCGGCGCUGCUGCUGGUGUUGGUUCUGUUGCCUGGCUUCACGGGCACGCUCACGCUCAAGACGAGCCACACGCACGCUGUCAUCAUUGUCCUGGUCGUUGUGAGCGUGAGCGUGCCCGUGAGGUACAGCGCGCUGCCAAGCAAGGUGAUGAGGACAACAGCGACAGAAUGGAUGAAGAUGAGCGUCCCUCCUUUGCCGCUGGCCUCUUCUUCUCAAGGUGCCUUCUUUCCUUUGGCUUCGCUUCACCUCAUCGGCUACAGCAAAGCUGAGGAAAUCCGCAAAGAGGCCGAGGCGCACGCGCGUGUGCAGUCUGAGUGGGUCGCGAUCAGGCAGUAG